UGCACAGUUCAUGUUUGGUGUAUUUUUGACACACUGUGAAGCUGUUUGGGCGGGCUGGGGCCAUGCUUCAGAGAAUCGCAAGUUACCAGAACUACUUCAUAAAAAUGGAAUCAUAUUUAUUGCCCAAACAGCAAAGGUCCCCACCAUGCCAUGGAGUGGAUCAGGCCUGACCCCAAACUACUCUAAGAUUAGAUAAAUAAGCCAGUGAAUGUGCCCUAAGACCUCUACAGGAAGGGGUUUGUCGCGGAUGUUGAUGAGAGUCUGAAAUCGGCCAAUAAGAUUGGGUUUCCUGUGAUGAUCAAAGCGUCGGAGGGAGGUGGAGGGAAGGGCAUCAGGAAGGCAGAGAACGCAGACGACUUCCCCAAUCUCUUCAGACAGGUGCAGGCUGAGGUUCCGGGAUCCCCCAUAUUCAUCAUGAAGCUGGCGACCCACGCCCGUCACCUUGAGGUCCAGAUCCUGGCCGAUAACUACGGUAACGCCAUCUCCCUGUUUGGGAGGGACUGCUCCAUCCAGAGGAGGCAUCAGAAGAUCAUUGAGGAGGCGCCUGCCUCUAUAGCCAAACCCGAGGUGUUCGAAAAGAUGGAACAGGCUGCAGUGACCCUGGCUAAGAUGGUGAGGUACGUCAGUGCUGGUACGGUGGAGUAUCUGUAUAACGAGGAGACAGAGACGUUCCACUUCCUGGAGCUCAAUCCACGUUUACAGGUGGAACAUCCGUGUACGGAGAUGGUGGCAGACAUCAACCUACCGGCCGCCCAGUUACAG